AGAGCCGAGCGGUCGAGGAUUUGUGAAACUCCGUGGACGUUGGAUCCUCGACAUGGCCUGCUCCAAGCUCCUCGUGGCAUUUUUACUCGUCGCGAUGCUAGCAGUUGUAACUGCUAAGCCUGGUUAUCACGGAUUGGGUUAUGGUCACGGAGGUUAUCACGGAGGAUACGGCUACCCUAGCUACUCUUAUCAUCGAUAUCCCUACUUUGGCUAUGGUGCCGGAUAUGGAUAUGGUCAUGGAUUUGGCUACGGACACGGCAAGUGGGGCUAUCCAUAUGGCGGAUUUGGACAUGGUUACUUUAUCUGAUGAAAAACUCUGAGAUUCGGGC